AUGCCUCCAAGAUUUUCCAGAGACGGCAUCGUACCUCGUGAUGUUCAUCGAUGCCGAUCAGCACCUCUUCUCGCCCUCCCUCAUGAGCUCCUGCGACUUAUCAUUGUGUACGUGUGUUGCAAAGGUGAGGUGCACAACCUUGGUAGCGUCGUUCGCAUCUGCAGGCAUCUGCGCGACAUAGCACUCGACCUCUCGGAGCUCUGGACAACGAUCUCGCUCACGUACAACAACCGCACCACCUGGAUGGGGGCUCGAAACUUCAUCAUACGCUCUCAGCCUCUGAAGCUCGAGCUGAUCAUCGACGCCACACACGCUCCCCCUCCGCACCACAGAACGCUCAGCUUCGUAGUCUUCAUGGAGGCUCUUAAGCGCCUCCUCCGCGACGAGGCGCACCGCGUGCGCAGCAUCGACAUGGUCUUCGGCGACACGCUCUGGGCGGACCUCUUCGGGCCCGGACCCGAGCCCCUUCUCGGAGAACCCAUGCCCGCGCUCGAGGCGCUCACGCUCGCGCUCCGCCCCUGCAGCGCGUUCGACUCCGACUGUGUGAUACCGAACACGUUCCUCGCGGGGCGCGCGCCGGCGCUGCGCCGGCUCGCGCUCAAUCUGAAUCUCUCGCUGGUGUGGGCGACGACGCCGAUUGUGGGCGGGCAGCUGAGGCAGCUGAGGCUCGGGAAUCUUGUUAGUGAUCCGGCGGAUAACGCGUGUCCUGCUGCGUUGGACGUGCUGUUGGCGCUUGGGAGGACGCCGGAUCUGGAGGAGCUGUAUAUCAGCGAUGUCUUGCCGCGCGAAGGGGAUGAGCUUCUUCCGUUCUAUGAUCACGAUACCACGGCGGACGACGUGCCCGGGAUUACUCUGGUUAGACUCGAGAAGCUCAGGUCUCUGGUUCUUGAGGGUCAUUUUCUGGACUAUGCGUGCUUGGUGCGGUACAUCGGACUCGGCUGCUCUGCUAGGACGCAGAUCAGGAUAUGGACGUGGGCGCCAGAGGCGGAGCACCCGGCGGACUGCGCCCUACUGCCGCUGUCGAUCUGGGAGCAUGUAACUCGGGCGCAUCAUGGUGAACAGGGCCUGACUCUGGACGUCGACGUUGAUGAGCCGGAUAUUGAUUGGGAGAGUUUGGACGAUUACCAGUAUGUCGAGGUCGCAUGGAGGGCGCACUACCUUGGAUUCAAGGUUUACGGCAGCUUCGACACUGGCGACACAGGUGAAGAUUCUUCGGAUGAAUAUCCGCUCUGGUCCAGAUACGACGUGGAAGCCCCCAAAAAUGACUUGCACCUGCACAGUCGGUUCUCUUUGGACUGCCAUGGCGAGCACGAUCAUCUCAGUGCAACCUUCACCUCCCUCGUCGGAACCAGCACGCUGACUGCGAUCGACACGCUGAGGAUAAACCUUGUCAUUUGGGACACGAACUACUCCUGGAGUGAACUGCUCGCCGCUCUCCCGGGCGUACGACGACUGGCUAUCGAUGUGGACCCUGCGAGUCUCAGAGCUAUCGUCGGCGAGCUGGCGCCUCGCGUUUCGGGAGUCGUAUCAUCUUGUCUGCUGCCUAAUCUGACUGACUUGCACAUACGGUGGCCGGCCGAUGAUGAGCUCAACGACGCUGGUUUUACUAUUACCACCUUCUUCAAAGAAGUUGGGGAUAUUCUGGCAGCGCGAGAUGAGUUGGGCUCGCAUUGUCAUGUGGUGGUCGAACUUGAGCCUGAUCAAGCGUCGGGGCUAGGUGAUGAAUAUCGAUGA